AUGAGCUUGAAGCCUACCGGCACGGCGCCCAAAACUGUCCCACGAGUUGGCCUGAAUCUCCGAGCGAACUCCAAGCUACAGGCUGCCCACUGGCUCGGACUGGGCCCUGGUGAAUCUUACCCAGAUAAGAAGGCGGCCCAGUCGUUUGGUCUUUGGAAUAAUGCCAUCGCGGGCCUCGAGACUGUCUAUGAUAUUCCACAGGAGAAUGGAAACCGCACAGACACUGCGUGGGUGGAACUUCGUGCUCCUAAUGGCACAGGCUUCCGCGCAAGUCCACAAGAGCCUACAGUAGUCAGCGGGGGGGACAGGAAGCUUGAGCUGGAAGGCUAG